CAGUUAUCUGCGAUUGAUUGGUUUAGCCUCGUUUACAGGAUGUGUAGUUGAGAACCGAUCUACAGGGGCGCAGGUCUCUGAUGGUCACUGUAGACGUGGAUUGUUAGCUACUAGUUCAGUGAACAGUUUAAUUACAUUUAUGACGAUCCUCAAACAUUUCUGAAAAGCAAAUAUGCUGGAUUUUGCUAUAUUUGCAGUGACAUUUGUCAUUAUCCUGAUCGGUGCCGUCCUGUAUUUGUACCCGUCAUCUAGAAGUGCCUCUGGUGUGCCUGGACUAAACCCCACAGAAGAGAAAGAUGGCAAUCUGCCAGAUAUAGUGAACAAAGGAAGCCUGCAUGAGUUCCUGGUGGGUCUUCAUGAUGAGUUUGGGUCUGUGGCAUCUUUCUGGUUCGGUCGGAGACCAGUGGUCAGCCUUGGUGCUGUGGACCAACUACGACAACACAUCAACCCCAACUGGACGACGGAUUCCUUUGAGACAAUGCUCAAGUCGUUGCUAGGUUAUCAGUCAGGUUCAGGAGUGGGAGUGACGGAGUCCAUGAUAAGAAAAAAAGUGUAUGAGGGAGCUAUCAAUAAAACCCUGGAGAACAACUUCCCUCUAUUGCUUCAGCUGGUGGAGGAGCUGGUUGAUAAGUGGGCAUCUUAUCCUAAAUCACAGCACACGCCUCUUUGUGCUCAUCUGCUUGGAUUGGCUAUGAAGGCUGUCACUCAGCUCGCCAUGGGGAGUCGCUUUCAGGAUGAAGCUGAGGUCAUCCGGUUCCGUAAGAACCAUGAAGCGAUCUGGUCGGAGAUCGGUAAAGGUUAUCUGGAUGGAUCCCUGGAGAAGAGUUCCAGCAGAAAGACCCAUUAUGAGAGCGCUCUGGCUGAGAUGGAGUCAGUGCUGAAGUCUGUGGCAAAGCAGAGGAGUGGACAAGGAUCCAGUCAGUCAUCUUUCGUUAACUAUUUACUACAGGCCAAUCUGACAGAGCGACAGGUGAUGGAAGAUGGUAUGGUUUUUACUCUAGCUGGCUGUGUGAUCACUGCUAACUUGUGCAUCUGGGCAGUUCACUUCCUAUCAGUCUCAGAAGCAGUGCAGGAACGGCUCUAUCAUGAGCUUGUUGAAGUGCUUGGAGAGGAGCCUGUUACCUUGGAGAAGAUUCCACAACUUAGAUACUGUCAGCAGGUGCUGAAUGAAACUGUCCGCACAGCCAAACUGACGCCCAUGGCUGCCAGAUUACAGGAGGUGGAGGGGAAGGUGGACCAACAUGUCAUUCCCAAAGAAACAUUGGUUAUCUAUGCCCUGGGUGUCGUCCUUCAAGAUGCAGAUACUUGGUCGCUUCCAUACAGAUUUAAUCCUGACAGAUUUGCUGAUGAGUCAGUAAUGAAGAGCUUCUCUCUGCUUGGGUUUUCAGGGAGCCAGGCCUGCCCUGAGCUAAGAUUUGCAUAUACUGUGGCCGCAGUGCUGCUCAGCACGCUGGUGCGCAGGUUGAGACUGCACAAAGUGGAAGGGCAGGUGGUUGAGGCCAGGUAUGAGCUGGUGACCACACCCAAAGAUGACACCUGGAUCACAGUCAGCAAGAGGAACUGAAGCACUCAUAGCUCAUGUCCCUGAAUUAGCCUCUUGGGAAAUUAAGCAUGGUCAUUGGCUCAAUAUUGUGUGGGGCAGCAAUUGAUAAGAUAAAAGAAAUGUCAUUUAGAAAUGCUUCAGGUUAUUAAAACUAUAUGUCAUUGUUUUUAGACCUUCAUUCCCUUUGAAUAUCACAGACAUUCCAUAAACAAUAAUU